CAAAAUUACAUAUAAAAAAAUGAUUUACAAAUUACAUAUAAAAUCAUAGGAAAGGCUAAAAAAUGAUCAUAAUAUCCUUCAUAUUUUUUGAGACUCAAUUAUAAUCCUCAUGUUGCUAAAACCUAAAAUUUGCACCCUUCUCAUGUUAACGUUUUAGUAAUAUAAGAGUUAUAAUUGAAUCUCAAAAAACAUGGAGGGAUGAGGGAUUAUAAAAGCGUGAGCAGUAAUAUUAGGACAUUUUUUAGCCUUCUUCCUAAAAUUAUUCUUCUGACCUACGUAUUCUCUAAUUCAGAAUAUAGUUUAAUUUUUAAUUACUCAAUGAUUUGUCAGUAAUCAUUUACAUUUCCAAAGUCAGUAAUUUAUUUGUUUUGGGCCCAUUUUAGUGUUGAAAACUUGUGGAGAAGAAAACAGAACAUAUGGAAGCGUGGCGAUCAUAAUACAGUUGAGACAGAGCUAUCAAACAACCUGAGACAUGGUUACUUCUCCUGCAUGUAAACGCGUGGAUCAUCAACCAAUAGCCUAUAAAAUCCCUCUCUACUGAACUCCACAUUUCAAAUCAAAAGUUCAAUUUUGGUGGUGGAUUAAGUUUAUAAAAGUAGUUUCAGUUUGCGGCGGAGGAAAUGGCAACCGAACGUGGAUUCAGAUUUCCGGCACAGAGUCAAGAGAAGCAGCCGGGGAAAGAAUACGUGAUGCACCCUCUUCCUCAGUUCAUUAUUCCUCACUACAAGCCUUCUAACAAGCUCCAUGGAAAGGUAGCGCUGGUGACAGGCGGUGAUUCGGGUAUAGGAAGAGCUGUAGCAUAUUUGUUUACUAUAGAAGGUGCAACUGUGGCAUUUACUUAUGUGAAAGGUCAGGAGGACGAAGACAAAGACCAUAUCCUCAACAUCUUAAAAGAGAUCAAGCCAAAAGGAGCAAAAGAUCCUAUUGCCAUUCAUACCGAUGUCGGAUUCGAAGAAAAUUGCGAGAAGGUUGUUGAUCGAGUGAUGAGCGAAUACGGAAAGAUUGAUAUUCUGAUUAAUAAUGCAGCUGAACAAAUCUUCACUCCUACGAUUCAAGAUAUUACUCAGCAUAGGCUUGAAAGGGUGUUUAGGACCAACAUCUUUUCUCAUUUCUUCAUGUCCAGGUAUGCAUUACAGCAUAUGAAAGAAGGGAGUUGCAUUAUCAACACCACAUCUGUGGCAGCCUAUGCUGGAAAUGCAGAAUUGUUAGACUACAGUUCCACCAAAGGAGCCAUAGUAUCUUUUACCAGGAGUCUAGCCCUCAACCUCGUCGGCAGAGGCAUUCGUGUCAAUGCGGUUGCCCCGGGUCCUGUGUGGACGCCCCUUCAACCAGCGUCUUUGCCUGCUCAGAGAAUCGCACAAUUGGGAAGUGAAACGGCGAUGGACAGAGCAGGACAACCAUUUGAGAUUGCACCUUCUUUUCUCUUCCUGGCUUGCAAUGACUCUUCUUCUUUUAUCACUGGCCAAGUUCUGCAUCCUAAUGGGGGUAUGAUUGUCAAUGCAUAAUUAUGGUUCAUAUUUGUUUGUGUAUUGAUGUGCAAGCAGCAGUGUAUAAUCUGAUAAAGGCCUACAUUAGAUGCAAUACAGUCGUAUUUUCCCCUCAGUGUUGUGGUUGAUUUACCUGUUAAUUUUAAACUAUAAUAAAAA